GCUUCUAAGGCCGAGGAUAGGGGUUUAACAAGUUCAGGGUCUCUCGGGAGCCUUUCCCUUCUCCCAGGUCUUGUUAGACACCCUGUUUACCUGCCCUUAAUUGCCCCAGGGGGAGACGUUUGCUCCUUCCCCGCUCCCCCACCUCCCGUCCUGUCCCCCCGCGGACACUGAAGGCUGAGUUCCUCGGGCCUGGGAAGAAGCCAGGGCGCUGUAGAAGUGAGAAGAGUCGGGAGAUGCACCCACGGGUGUUGCAGGUCGGGAGGGACGAAGUAACAGGCUUAAGGGGGUAAUCCCUGUAGAAGAGCGGCGAAGACCUCUCUCUGCAAGAGAAGUGGGAAGCAACGAGGGAAUAGAAUGGAGGGAAGGAUGGAGAACCCCCUGAAGGAGCGGGGCACAACCCAGUCCCCAGAUGCUGGCCCACCCUCCGCGGGGCGCGGGAGGGGGGUAACCCCGGAGGCGUGGUUAGCUUCGAAAGCUCCGCUGCGGCCUCUGUGCACCUCCCUUUCACUGCUGGGUUAAGUAGGAUGACAGAUUCAAUUAAAGAGGUUGUGCCUAACAGACAGGUCGGGUCUCCUAGGAGUCAUGGUUUGGGAUUCCUGGCACCCAGCCUUCUGCUCUCUACCCCACCAGAUACCAAUGGACACAGCUAACUCGCCAUCAGGUUUUGACUCACAUAGCCAGAUUGAGGGGGCAUUUCUGAGGCUUCUCUGCCACCAAUCACAGGGAUAGCCUGCGGCGAGAGGGCUACACGGUGCAGGUGAACGUGAACGACUAUCUGGAUAUCUACUGUCCGCACUACAACAGCUCCGGGCCCGGCGGCGGGGCGGAGCAGUACGUGCUGUACAUGGUGAACCUGAGCGGCUACCGCACUUGCAACGCGAGCCAAGGCUCCAAGCGCUGGGAAUGCAACCGGCAGCACGCCUCGCACAGCCCCAUCAAGUUCUCCGAGAAGUUCCAGCGCUACAGCGCCUUCUCGCUGGGAUAUGAAUUCCACGCCGGCCAAGAAUACUACUAUAUCUCCACGCCCACUCACAACCUGCACUGGAAGUGUCUGAGGAUGAAGGUGUUCGUCUGCUGCGCCUCCACAUCGCACUCCGGGGAGAAGCCGGUCCCCACUCUCCCCCAGUUCACCAUGGGCCCCAAUGUGAAGAUCAACGUGUUGGAAGACUUUGAGGGCGAGAGUCCCCAGGUGCCCAAGCUUGAGAAGAGCAUCAGCGGGACCAGCCCCAAGCGGGAACACCUGCCUCUGGCCGUGGGCAUCGCCUUCUUCCUUAUGACACUCUUGGCCUCCUAGCCCUGCCCCUUCCUAUGGCAGAGAGAGGUGGGGGCGGGGCUGAAAAGGAGGAGCAGGGAGUCGGCUGUCGGGCCUACAUCCUUCUCCCCAUGGUUGGGAGUGGGGUCUGCACUGUACAUCUAUCUAUCUGUGCCUGCCUCUUUGCCCACUCUCUCCAGGACAGGCACUGUAGCGGAUCAGUCACAGGGACAGCCGCGGGUCCCAGGCGGCCUGUGGCUUCGGUAAUGUUUGGUACCAAACCUGGGGGCUUUAAAAGGCAGUGCUCUGGACUCCCUGCCCCCUGGUACCUUUCCCCGACCCUCGGUGCCCCUCCCUCUUUGUCCUCCAAGAGGCACAUAUGCCCCAGAGAGAACAAACGAAGCCUGGGAGGUGCCCCCUGUCACUCUCUCUGGGGGGGGGGCAGAACACGGGGAGGGGACUAGAUGGGUGAGGGGCGGAGCCUCAGGCUCCCUCUUCCCCUGUUUACAGCAAUAAGCAUGUCCUCCUCCUCCCACUCCCACACAGAGGACUGUGGUUUGGAUUGAAUCCAAGUUUACAAAUAGACACCCCUGGGGGGAGCAGGCAGUGGACAGGGGUGGGCAUUGGGGUGCCAGACAGGCAUGUACAGACACUAUAUCUCUAUAUAUAAUGUACAGACAGACAGAGUCCCUUCCCUUCCUUAACCUUGACCUUUCUUGACUCCUCCUUCCAGAUUCAGACCCCUCCCCACCAGGUUAGGCCCCCUCGGGACCCCCCUGGCCCCUCUUUUGUCUUCUGUGAAGACAGGACCUAUGCAACGCACAGACACUUUUGGAGACCGUAACAACAAUGCCCCGUCCCUUCCCGCUCUGAGCUGGGAACCAACUCCUAGGACCUUGCCCUGCCCGCCCUGUGGUCCCCACCCAUCCCGGGCCUUUUUCAAGUGCUUUGCUGUGACUUUCAUACUCUGCUCUUAGUCUAAAAAAAAUAAACUGGAGAUAAAAAUAACUGAGUGUGUGUGGUUUCAAGGGGCCAUGUCACCCUGUUUCACGGGCUGAACCCUAUAGGGCUCAGGUCCUGGGUGAGGAGGGCAUUCUAGGCCAGAGUCCAUGGGGUGCCUGGCUCUAGAGUCCAGCUCUGUGUGGAGAGAGCUUCGAGUUGAGCCUGGGUGACUCUGGGCAGAUUCCUCAACCUUUCUAGGCUCAGCUUUCCCACAGAGAAUAUGACUUGAGGACCCGUUUCCCAGGGCUCAUGGAUGGGAGAUCAGACUCAGGCUGGAGUUCUCUAUGCUAUAGGCAGGCUUUUGGCUGGGUCCAAGGAUUUCAGGGGACUUGUGAACCUAGAUAGGAGAACAAUUACACCUUUCUUUUCACUCACCUGUGACAAAUUUAGCACUUCCCUUAUGUACUGGAUGGGCGUCAGGCCACGAUAGCGUUAACAGCACCUGUGACUUUGUAGCCAACAGAAAUCCCAGAUGUUUUCAGACUGCUUUAUAUCUCAGAAUAUUAUUUAUGCGCCACUACUUUGAAAUGAUCCUAGUUGUUAGACUUUCCUUGUUUUUAACAUGUUAAUAAAGAAACAUAUAUAUUA